AUGCUUCGGCCCCGAGUUCUGGCAGCUCCAUCAAGAACGCGCCUUGCGAGCGAAUCGGGAGAGCACAAGUCCGGCCACAUCUCGCGGAAUGCGGACGAGGGCAUCCUCUUCUUCAACUGCAUCUUACCCUUCAAUCUGCAGUGGUUCUACCGGCUGUCGUGGACUCUCCAGCGCCGCCGCCCCAUCCUCCUCCAGGACGCCAAAGAUGACAACGUCGGCGCCGUGUCGCCGGGGAAAGUCGUGCAGGAUGCGACGAAAGACAGCAGCGUCGGCAACGUCGAAGUGGUGGAAGUGCUCCCCCGUCUGAAAGAAGGCGGUGCCUUUCUCAAGUUCCGCCUGGGGCCUGGGGUCGAUGCGCAAGCCGUCACCGCAGCCGUCCGCUCGCAUCUUCGCGAAAACCCGAUCCGGCCCUGGUGGAAUCCUUUCUCGAACGUCGGGGCGAAUCUGGUGAUUGGGAAGCCGUGGAUUGAGGAUCUUUACAUCUUUCCCUCGUCGCGGUUGCGGGUGGAAUUUUUGCCGCCGCAGCCUGGGCAGGAAGCCGCGGAGAUGAGCCAGGAGCAGCUGUACAGCUUCUUCCGGCCGUACGGCAAGCUAGCCAAUGUCAUUUCGCAGCCCUCGGACUCGAAGAUUGUGCCGAGAUAUGCAUACUUGGACUACGCGCAGGCUCGCAAGGCGGUCAUGGCGAAGAACUGCUUGCAUGGCUUCACGAUACCCGAACAGCAGGGAGGCGGGAAGUCAGGCACGCUGCUGCGGAUUACGUAUGAGAAGAAGGAUCGCUGGGGUUGGAUCAAGGACUGGAUCGUCAAUCACCCUCGUAUCGCCAUUCCGCUCUUCGCUGCGCUCAUUGCUGGCAUCUCCUACACCAUUUUCGACCCGCUGCGGACGUUAUCGAUCGAGGCGCAUAUCACGCGAGCAUUCCACGUCGAAGACACAUUCGUUUUCAAAUGGUUCCGACGGCAAAGCGUAGACUUGAUUAACAAGGUCAAGCAGCUGAGCACCGGGCAUCGCAGCUCCGAGGCCAGCAUGCAAGCUCUGUGGGAGGAUAGGAGGAACGAGGUGGAGCAGAUCCAGUCUUGGCUCAUGGAGUCCUCGGAUACCUUUAUUGUGGUUCUUGGACCACGAGGCAGCGGGAAGAAGGAGUUGGUGGUCGAUCACGCGCUGGAGCACAAACGGGAGGCGCGAAAGUUACUGGUCAUCGACUGCAAGCCUGUGCAGGAGGCUCGGGGUGAUGCCGCGACCAUCGCCGCUGCAGCUGCUCAAGUUGGAUAUCGGCCGGUGUUUUCGUGGAUCAACAACAUCAGUGGUCUCAUCGACUUGGCAGCACAGGGGAUGACGGGCAUCAAAGCCGGGUUUUCAGAGACGCUGGAAACGCAGCUAGUGAAGAUCCACAACAACACGGCUGUUGCGCUGCGGAAAAUCGCACUGCAAAGUCGGAAGAAGACGGACGUCGACGCCAAUCUUACCGACGAGGAGUUCCUCGAAGCACAUCCCGAACACCGGCCAGUGGUUGUGGUGGACAAUUUCUUGCACAAGAACAACGAACCGGGAGCACAAGUGGUCUAUGACAAGAUUGCGGACUGGGCGGCAGAGCUGACGACAUCUUACGUUGCGCACGUCGUGUUCCUCACGAACGAUAUUGCGUUUACAAAGUCGUUGAGCAAGGCGCUGCCGGAUAGAGUAUUCCGACAGAUUGCUCUCGCCGACUGCUCGCCAGAGGUUGCGAAGCGCUAUGUCAUCAACCAUCUCGAUUUCGAUCUUGCUCCUGAUCUAGUGGUCAGGGAAGAAAAAGACGACGGGGAAGCAACGAAUAGUCUGACGGCCAGCCAGAAGCGGCAGGACUUGAGCGAGCUCGACAGCGUCAUCGGACAGUUGGGCGGACGUCUGACAGAUCUCGACUUCCUGGCUAGACGCAUCAAAGCCGGCGAGACACCAACAGUGGCCGUCAAAGAAAUCAUCAAUCAGUCCGCGUCGGAAGUGCUGAAAAUGUACCUCACACCCAGCACCAACGAAGAACGCCACUGGACCUCCCAGCAAGCCUGGACGCUGGUCAAGAAGCUGUCCCAAACCGACACCCUCCCCUACAACGAACUCCUUCUCGACGCCUCUUUCAGCAGCGGCGGCGACGCAGCCAUUGCAGCCCUCGAGCAAGCCGAGCUCAUCACCGUGCAAUCGACUAACGGCCGAGCGUACAGCGUGAAGCCCGGCAAGCCCGUGUACCAGCAGGCCUUCCAACGUCUAGUGGAGGACCGUGUGCUGGCGGCGAAGAUGGAUUUGGCGCUGGCUAAUGACGCGACGGGUAGUGCGAACAAGUCUAUUGACCGCUGGGAGCAGGAGUUGCGGUUGCUGGGCGAGCUGCCGAAGCAGCCCGGCGAGCUGCACGCGAGGGUGGAGUGGUUGUUGGGGAAUGUUGCUGCGGCGCAGCGCAAGAUUGAGGCCUUGGAGAAGGAGACGGCGGGGCUGAAGAAGGUGUUGAUGAGUGAGUAUUAG